AUGGCUAGCUAUGGUGACUUUGCAAUUACUGGUAAAUCUUUUGUGAGCGUGGUUUCUCCCGUGACGCCCCUUCUGGUGGCUUUCCCCCCCCACAACACACACACAUACACCCUGUGUGUGAGGAGAACCGGUGUCACCUCUCCUCCCCCACAAUUCAUCCAGCCUAGCCAGCCUGCCUUGAGGAUGAAGCCUGGCUCUGGCUCUGGCUCUGGCUCUGGCCAGGAGCGGAUACGGAUGGUUUACAUAAACAGCUUUGGUUCCCACCGUUGCGGCUCUGUGAUCCAAUACAGGGGUGGCCGCAGAUGCCACGAGGAGACCGCUGCCACUCCCAGUCUCCUAGGCAGACACAUGUCCCCCAGUGCUGGUGUACGCAAGAGGCAGGAGGCCCCCACCAGCGCCCUGAGGUUGAGGGACAAGGCCCUGGCUGCCAGCAAGCAUAGGCGAGGGUGCAAGGGUGGACCUGAGGGAGCUGGCUUGUGUGCUGUUGCCCAGAGACCGAGGAGUCAGGUGGGGGGAGCCGCUAAGUGCAGGGGGAAUGGGACUGAGCUGCUAUCGAGCAGCAGGAAAACGCCUGGUAGCUCUGCUCCUACAGGCCUCUUCAGCCAGGGACAUGGGACGUGUUAUCCUGGAAAAAGAGGACAUGCAGAAAGUGAUCUUCAAGAGAAGCAGGUGGAUCCCUUUGGUUUCCCUUUCCCUUCACAAAAAGUUGGCAAAGCAAUAAAAAGGAAAAAGGACAAGACUGAAGUCUGCCAUGGAGUAUUAAAAAUAAUUUCAAAAAUGCUUGAAGAAAAUGAACAGUUUAGAACUAGACUCAUGACUUGCAGCGUGUUUAGUGGUGAAGGCAGAGAUGUGAACCAAAACAUCCAGAACGAGGAUCCUGCUUGGAUGUGGACGAGCCCAUCUUUGGAUGGAUGUAGCAUGAAAAUAAAUGAAGAUUCAAUUUCAACUGCUGUUUUAAAUUAGUGUUCAUUGUUUGUCUCAUCCAACACCUGUUGGCGUCAGUGUAAAGACUGCAAAUGGCUUCACUGGGCAUUGGAUCAGGGUCCAUAUUUGUUUGAAGUAUAUCUUGGAAGCAUUUUAGUUUCAGCAGUUUAUUUUAAUAUGGGUUAAAUUAAACUGUUCAGUUAAAGAAAUCUUUGUUUUUCAAAAAUCUCUAUUAAGCAUAAUUCAUCACUUAGUCAUUGUUAAUUUUUGAAAGCUUUUGAAUUGACACAACAUUGUGACAGUUUACCGGCAAAAGAAUAGAAAUACAAAUUUUAUGCUAAAACUAUAUAUUUAUGUUGUUAUACUCUGUAGCUUGUCAGAACUGUAAACAAACAUGAAUUCAGUAAAAUAAAAUUUCACACAGGAUGUGUACAUUGAAAAUGAACUACUUUCAUUCCCAUUCAUUUUAAUCAUUUUUGUUUUAUUGUAUGAAAAAUAAUAUGCAAUCAACCUUUGGUUCAGUCAUCCAUUUAUACAUGAAUCUCAGCAAGGAUUUUGAAUAAGAAUCCAGGUGAAUACUUUCUGCUUCACUCAUCAUCAGGCCCAUGAUGAGAGCAUCAUAAUCAAAAUGUAUUGUUUAUCUGACUGCCUUUAAUAAUAACAUGAGAUGACUCUUUGUGUUAUAGAACUUCAUACUUGGAGUUUUCAUGGACUGUUAACAUCUUUUUAAGUGGUAAAUUGUGUAAAUGGGACAUGAAGGCCAUGUAAAGAAUUUUCAAUGUAUGCAUUUCAUUUCUUUAGCUAAAACAUUCACCUGGCAUUUUGAGACUAUUUUUAUUCUUCUGAAAGAAUGGUUUCUCAGCAUUUAUACAUAUAAUGACUAAAACUGUAGCAGCACUGAGCUUUAAUAAUAUACUAGCAUUGUGUCAUCAAGCAGCAGAGCAUUUAGGAAGGUUUAGAUGCAGUUUUCCUAAUGGUAAAACUGCAAGCAAAUACUAGAAAAUGUCUUUCGGAUGGAGAGCUCUGACAUUAAAGUUCUCAUU